AAUUUGUAAGCGUGUAAAUAAUUUAAAUUUUUUCGAGACGGCGCGGAAAAUUUCGCAGGAUUUUCCAGGAUGGAAUUCCUUAUAAAAGAAGAACCUCCUGUCGAUCUCGAGCAAGAUAUGGGUACCACGGAUCAUUUUUCCUUCUCCAACUGGCAUGAUCAGCAGUUGGAUUUUGAAGUGGCCGCCGAAGCGAUGGCACUGCUUUUACAGGAAUGGGGCCUUGGUAUUUUGGCGGAACGAUUUGCAAUCAAUUUGAUUGAUCCUAGUGUGCUGGACUACCUCGUUGAUACCGAUAUUGUCGAGCUGUGCCGAGACUUGCCCAUGCGCUAUCGGUUGAUUUUGAGACACAAGCUUAGUCAGAAGGGAGGCACCUCCCUUCGAGAAUCAAAUAUUCACCACGGAGCCAUGCCAUCAUCUACUAAAAGGGUACCUGUUAAAAAACGAGUGGCGACAAGCUAUAGUUCACCAACUCAAUUAUCAAUAAAGAACCCAGGAAUCGCCAUUCCAGCAGCAGAACCAGCAGAACCCAUGGCUCAUUGCUCUAACGAAAAUACCAAACCGAUAGUCACACUCCAUGCCAUGCAGGUACCCACUUUUCCAGAACCGAUCACCUCCGUAGAACCGAUGUGUAAUUUAUUUAAUAUUGAAAAAAUCCUUUGCACAGCUCCAGGGCGACAAAUUAUUAACUACUACCAGGCCAACAACGUGUUGGAUAAGGUUCAUCGGUCUAAACUUCUCAAAAUGAUCAUCGAAAGAUUGAUGUUUGAUAUGACCCCGAAAGAUUUAAAUACAACGCUUUUCAAAAAAAUUCACGAUGGAGUAGUAAAGAUAUUCCCAAACGAGAAGAAGUUUCGCGAGACGUAUGAUUUAAAACUGAAGAGUCUUAAGUACAGCGGAAACCACCGAAUAAAACAGUCAAGUCAAUCUCUUGGAACUGCCGAGGACAGUACAGAAAAAGAUAUUCCAAAUUAUUCGGAAGAAGAAAUGCAGGCUGCCAAACAAUGGCUUUCAGAAGGUCGAACUCCUACGGAAGAAAUCUGGAGGUUAUGGCACGUAAGCUACGACAUUCGAAUACGUGAUUACCUUUUGUUGGGUGGAUUGCAAAUUGGACGAAUAUGCGAUCAUGGUAGUUGGCCUAUUAUUACGGAACCUAUUGGCUACGAAUUGAUUUCAAGCGACUUUAACCGUCGUUUCCCGUAUACGGGUAGUCUAUUGGAUCGGUGGGAAGUUUUGGCUAAAAAAGUGAUAGAAUAUGCGCACCGUCAUGCCAAAAACCAGCGAUAUCGAUCAAUAAUUUUUGAAUGCCAACACGAUGAAAAGCCGGAUGAGAUCAAAGUUGCGCAACUGCUCUGUGGAUUUAUGAUCCAAGGAGUCGUAAAGCAAAACUUCAAACCAAACUACCUGGAAGUCGAACGGGGGUUCGUCCACGUUGUCAAAAGUCAAGAAGAAAUUUCAACGUCUUUGGACGCUUACCACGAACAGAUGCGAUCACAUGAACUGUCCGUACAACCUCACGUGAUAGCAGUGGUCAACGAAACGGGCAAUCGGUUCUAUGCCUACAUCCAGCAGGGCAGACUCAUUGCCGCCGAAAGCAUGCUGAAAGCGAUCGAUUUGGUGUUUAAGAUCGUACACUUGACGGGCGCCAACUAUCCGGUUGAGUCCCGGACCGUUUGGACCUUUAUUCAGCAGUACUGCUACGAGUUGACCACUCCGCGUGAUCGAAAAUUUCAAGUCGUUUCGACGCUAUGUAAUGCGUUUUGCGACUAAUUUCGCUUCAAUCAAACUUUGACUAAGGCAGCUUUAAAAAAAGAUAUUUUUUUAAAUAAUAAAAACAUCUUUAAACUCACAUGGAUAAAUGAAGGAAGAACGAUCGACUUCAUAUUUGCUGUGUGAAGAUUUUUUAAAGUUUGAUAAAAGUAUUAAAUCAAAACUGUGUAAAAGAGCAAACAAAGUGUCAUUAGUUCCGGGAUACUGUUUCGACGAUUAGCGCAAGUGCAUAACCCCUGACGUACCUAAUCGAUAACUUUCUGUGAACUGUGAAUUAAAAGUGUUCAAAUCGUAGUCCUUCAACGCCUCGAGAUCGAAAUCAAUAAUAAGCGCAUU